AUUUUUAACCAAUAGAGGGCGGCAUUGUUCGUCUGUCAUGUGAUGAGUAAAGUUUUUCUCGGUCACCUGUCACUAAAAUAGUCUUGAUAUUUUAUAAACCGUGAAAAACUUGCAGAAUGGCCCAGAUACGCAGCGUUGUUCUCCACACAUUCUGGUGGCUUUUUUUGGCCACUAGCAUAGUGCUCAUCUUCCAAUUCGUUCUUACUGGCAAAGGUGAACGUGUAAGUGUUGGUUGGUUCCUGGCAUCCACCUCACCUUAUAUGUGGGCAUGUCUUGGAAUUGGUUUGUCGGUGGCAUUAUCUGUGGUAGGAGCUGCUCUGGGCAUUCAUACAACGGGCACCAGCAUUGUAGGCGGUGGUGUAAAAGCUCCAAGAAUAAAGACAAAGAAUUUAAUUUCGGUUAUCUUUUGUGAGGCUGUAGCCAUUUACGGACUGAUCACUGCUAUCGUUUUAUCCGGUCUGUUGGAAUCGUUUACAAUGUCGGCAGCACUAGAGAGUCAAACUGUAAUGAAUAAUAAUUGGUUUGGAGGAUACGUAAUGUUUGGUGCAGGGUUAGCAGUCGGUUUGGUGAACUUGUUCUGUGGUAUUGCUGUUGGCGUUGUUGGUUCCGGAGCUGCUCUUGCAGAUGCAGCUAAUUCAGCGCUUUUUGUGAAAAUUUUAAUUGUGGAAAUUUUCGGUUCAGCCAUUGGACUUUUCGGCUUGAUUGUAGGCAUUUACAUGACGUCCAAAGUUAAAAUGGGUGAUAAGAAAGACUAAGUUAAAAAUGCAAUGAAGGAGGUUGGUACGAGCAAUUAAAAGACACAGCACAGCUCAAAGAAAAGUACCAUUAACAUAUAGAUGCCUAAAUACAAAUUCCAGUCAAAAACAAUGAGUCUUUCACUCAUUCUUUGUUUUUGGAUUAUACUUAAUAUCAAAUCGUAUUAGAUGUACAUAUUUUGAUUAGUAAAAUUAAAGUUUACCUACAUAAAAGAGCACAAUGGUUCACAGAAA